AUGUCGAGCCAACCUCUCCUCCAGACUGCGCCGGGCAAGCGCAUCGCCCUCCCGACGCGCGUCGAGCCCAAGGUCUUCUUCGCCAACGAGCGCACCUUCCUCUCGUGGCUCAACUUCACCGUCAUCCUCGGCGCCCUCGCCAUCGGCAUGCUCAACUUUGGCGACCGCCCCGCCUUCAUCAGCGCCUUCCUCUUCACGGGCGUCGCGAUGCUGACCAUGAUCUACGCCCUGGCGACGUAUCACUGGCGCGCCAAGUCGAUCCGCGUGCGCGGCCAGGCGGGCUUCGACGACCGCUUCGGCCCCACCUUCCUGGCCAUCAUCCUGCUGCUGGCCGUCGUCGUCAACUUCGUUCUGCGCAUAACCUACUCCUCCAAGGAGUCGAAGCACUAA